UGAGGGUGUGUCACCAUGGAGACGAGGCCGCUGCCAUUGGCUGGCGCCUCCGGCCGGGGCUAUAAAGCCGGGCCCGUAGCACGGUGCACUUACAGCGUCAGCCAGACUCAGCCGGUGUCGCCCGCGGAGCGGAAAGGGCAGGAUCUCGGCGCGGCCGUCGGUGACACCAUGGAGAACAACGAAUUCACUUACGAAGAUUAUCAGAGCACCGCUGAGUGGCUUCGGUCUCACACUACGCAUCGACCUCAAGUGGCAGUGAUCUGUGGUUCUGGGUUAGGAGGUCUGACUGCUAAGUUAACUCAGGUCCAGGUCUUUGAGUACAGUGAGAUACCCAACUUUCCCAAAAGCACAGUGCAGGGUCAUGCAGGUCGCCUGGUGUUUGGAUUCCUGAAUGGAAGAGCCUGUGUGAUGAUGCAGGGCAGGUUCCAUACGUACGAGGGUUACUCACUGUCAAAGGUGACAUUCCCAGUGAGGGUCUUCCAUCUUCUGGGUGUGGACACUUUGGUAGUCACUAAUGCAGCUGGAGGGCUCAACCCCAGCUUUGAAGUUGGAGACAUCAUGUUGAUCCGGGAUCACAUAAACCUUCCUGGUUUCUCUGGUCAAAACCCUCUCCGCGGCCCCAACGAUGAAAGGUUUGGCGUCCGUUUCCCUGCCAUGUCUGAUGCUUAUGACCGGAAUAUGAGGCAGAAGGCUUUGAACGCCUGGAAACAAAUGGGGGAGCAGCGGGAAUUACAGGAGGGCACCUACGUGAUGCUGGCGGGUCCCAACUUUGAGACUGUGGCAGAGAGCCGCUUGCUAAGGAUGCUAGGAGCAGAUGCUGUUGGGAUGAGCACAGUCCCAGAAGUCAUCGUCGCCCGGCAUUGUGGGCUUCGCGUCUUCGGUUUCUCGCUCAUUACUAACAAGGUCGUCAUGGAUUAUGCAAACCUGGAGAAGGCCAAUCACAAGGAAGUCUUAGAGGCCGGGAAAGCAGCCGCACAAAAACUGGAGCAGUUCGUCUGCAUCCUCAUGGAGAGCAUUCCUCCCCGCGAGCACGCCUCCAGCUGACGGGCCUCCAGGGUUUGUGCUGCUUCCCUGCUGGAGUCCAAAUAGCUGCCUGCUUUGGUCCCUUGCUGCUCUUAGAUUGUUGCAGAAAGGAAAGAGGAGGAUUCCUGCCCUUCACCUCCCCCUUACUCUUCCACCCUUCUGAUGUCCGUCCCUCUUGCUCAGCUGCCUUCUCAAAACUGUCUACCUUUCAGUCCUGGAGAACUGGAGCCCGUGCCCCACCACACUCGGGGUGUGUGUGUAAGACAGUACCUUCCAGACCUGGAGACCAUACUCGGGGUGCCCGCCUGGGCCAGUCUGGCUCCCCUAAAGCACCAGAGACCAACCCAAUACCUCUUGGAUUUUAUUUAGCACCAUAAUGUUUUGAGAAUAAAGAGAUCAAGUACUUU